GUGAGACACAAGGCUGAAAAUCAUACUGAAUCAUAAAAUUUAUCGAAAACGCCACCUUAUUCUUACACACCUGUCACCUGUAACCUGUAAUCAACAUCAUACGGUUCCCAUGAAGCUAUGAGCCGUUUGACAACUCAUCAGUUGGACAGGGGACGGCCUAGGUAAAUCAUGACAAGCUUGCAUCUUGCCCGACCCCUAGGAAAACCACGGCUUCCACAUUAUGAACAAUAUGUUUCUCUCCAAAGAUGGAUAAGCAAUGAGAGAGCUCCUACGGAUGAACGCCGCCCAAAACGCCCACAAUCAAGCACCUUUUCGAAUAGCUCAGGAAGAUCUACAUUUGAAGGGGAAAUCCAACCUGGUGAUCAUGUCAUUACUUUCUGCAAAAAGUACCAAGUCUCGUUCCCUUCAGUCCUACGACGCGCUCCUGGAGUAAAAUUGACGCCGAAUCCGUUCGGGUUAGGUGUCAUGAUUUCUGAGAAGCAUUGCUUCAACAAGCAAUCGUUGAGAUAUCUGGAUAAAUAUGAACAACCUUUUACCAAAUCGGUUUUGGAAAUGUACAUUGCCCAGAAAAAGCAGCCUCUGUGGUAUUCGGUCUAUUCUGUUCCUACAACCUCGCCUCUUCCGUGCAGAGUAGGAGCAAGAAGAAUACGACAUGCGUUUCGUGAUGCAUUGGCUGCUCACGGAUAUGACCUGGAGGGCAGAAAAAUUACGACGGACAAUUCUAUCAUUGCGGAUUUGCAUGGGACAGUAAACAUCGUCUGCGCGGAUCCAAAGGCUGCUUGCAAUCUGAAAUUCCCAGAACUCUUAAAGCAAGCGAACAAAAUUGUGUCUGGCAUUGAGCCUAUGCUUGCACGAGACAAAGAUGGCAAACGCAUGCAUGUAAUGCAAAACUAUCGACAACCUAAGCAGCAGCACUCAAAAUCGCUGUGGAAGUCGAUGGAUAAUAUGAAGGCUAAAACACAAUCCCGCAGUCGUGCCAAAUAAUAAAUGAUGCCUACUCUAAACACUCAUAAAUAUAUAAAGACAUAUUACGAGGAACAUAUCAAUAUAUCUCGAUACAUAAAAUGGAUGUUAUGCCUUAAGAAAUAAAAAUCACUGUCAC